AUGUUUGCUUCUUCAACCAAAAUUUGUUUAUUUUUUAUUUCAAUUUUUUUAUUAUUCCAAUUAAACAAUAGUAAAUGUGUUGAUAUUGAUAAUCACUGUAGAGGAAAUGGCAAGGGAAAUUGUUGUGUUGGAAGUUGUGUUAAAGGAAAAUGUUAUUGUGCUGCAUAUGGUCUUAAAUGUACAGGAAAGGGACAGGGCAAUUGUUGUGCUGGAAGUUGUAAUAAUGGAACAUGCUGUAUUAAUGAGGGACAUGCGUGUAGUGACAGUAGUCAUAAUAAGAAAUGCUGUCCAGGUACAAGUUGUGAUGGAUUUAUUUGUGUUUGAAAUGAAAUGAGAAAAAGAUGCGUAUGAAUGGGGAUAUAAAAAUAUUAUUUGGCAAAGUAA